AUGCAAACAAACGCAAUAGGUGUUGGAACUAGUUUUAGGUACAGAACGGUAUGGUGGAGGGUAGAUCUUGGAGAAGUUCACAACAUUUACAGCAUAAAAAUCCAGUUUAAAAACUACAACGGCUAUGUCGACCGUCAAAGAGGACGAUUUGCAGGAUUCUCGCUGUAUGUAUCACACAGUGAUGUGUUAUCUAACGCUGAUAUAAAGGGCUAUACCCUGUGUUACAAGGACGGAGCUCAGUUACCGCCCCUGAACUUUACAGCAGUAUGUACAGUAAAUGGCCGUUACGUCAUAUAUUACAACGAGCGUUUGCAUGGAGAUACCUACCCAGAUCGAUAUGAAUUCGAAAAUGUCUUUACAGAGCUUUGUGAAGUAAUAGUACUAGGUUGUAAUAAUGCCAGUGUCUACGGUAAGAACUGUGACACCCCUUGCCCUUUAAACUGUAAAGACAGCACGUGUCAUAUAAAAAGUGGAUCUUGUUUCACAUGUAAGCUUGGAUGGAUUGGAAUAUAUUGUGAAGCAAAAUGUAAAGAAGGAUGGUACGGUGCCAACUGUAGUCAACAGUGUGAAAGACACUGUAGAGAUGGAGCUACCUGUAACCAAGUGACUGGUCACUGUGACAGAGGAUGUGAAGCGGGGUGGACUGGAGAUAUGUGUGAUAAAGUUUGUGACGAAGGAUAUUAUGGAUAUAAUUGUGUCAACACAUGUAGUGGUCACUGUCUUGAUAGCUCCCCAUGUAACAAACAGACUGGUCAUUGUGAUAAAGGAUGCAACUCUGGAUAUAGAAACAGUGACUGCAGCAGAGAUACAGGAUAUUUUGGAAUGGACUGCAUGGAAAAAUGUAGCGGACACUGUAUAAAUCAUGACCCAUGUGACCAUGUCAGUGGAGUGUGUCCCAGUGGGUGCCAGGAGGGGUACAUCUGGGCCUUUUGUAAUAACACUUGUACUCAUGGCUAUUACGGCACAAACUGUUCCCGGGUAUGUUCACCCAACUGUAAACCUGAUACAUGUCGACACACAGACGGAGGAUGUUAUUGUUCUGCGGGUUGGAUGGGUUAUAAUUGUACCACAGAAUGUAUGUUGUCAUAUGGAGAAAAUUGUCGGUAUCCAUGCAGUUUUUACUGUUUCAACCAGACGUGUGACAAAUUCAACGGUAGUUGUCUGCAUAGUUGUAAAUAUGGUUGGCAAUGUGACACAGAAAACAUUAUCUGA